AUGUCGGCCACUCCACCAUCGAAUAAUCACAAUGAACAAAUAUCGACACCAAUAACACAUAGCAAUCAAGUUCGGAUUAUGUCACAAAGUUCGUCCACAUCUUCAAACGUCUCAACACCUAUUCCAAUUUUGCCUGGACAAGUAUUAACUCAAAGUGAUCAUGAAGAUAAUCUUAUUGAAGACAUGGAUGAAUUAGUUCGCAAUUUCUUAAGUCGCAUCAAUCAACCUUCACCAUAUCAUACAGUUUUCAGAUGGACAACUGAUGAUCAACAUUCCCUUCAUUAUAGUGUUGUAAAAGUUAUUAAUGAACCAUCUCAUAUUAUUUAA